GUUUAUGAGAACGCAGAAUACACACAAUCCAAGAUUGUUGAUGGGUGGGGAUUGUCUGCUGAAAGCAAAUACUUCAUUCAAUUACGUUUGUGACUGCACUGGUUGGACAUUAGGGACCAAUAUAUUCCAUUUUCGUUCUAGGACUCGUGCCCUGUCAGUGUGUGCACAUAGCCCAAUUGCAUGGGCGUAUCAUUUCUCAUCCUCUAUUGCCUCUGUUCAAUACUCAUUUCUCUAAAAUGAUAUCCAGGUAUUGUUACAUCAGUGAGUAAGUUUACCUCACUCUAGGGUAUUUCAUCCCAUGGUCGGGAUCAUCGUCAGUGUUGCCAGGAUUGUCUAAAUGAUAAUGACUCGAUCAGAACACUUGCAGGUUGAGACACCAUUACCCAAAGGACACUUGGAGGGAAUGAAUACAGGGAAGAAAUCUGUCCUGAUUCUAGUUGUCUGUCUAGAAGGAACACGAUCUGACUUGAUUGCGUGAUCCCCACUCCUGACUUUUUGCUCCUCUCUAAACGAUUGAUCUAUGGUCUAUUGAUCCCUGGCAAAGCACUGGGGGUGUUUUAUGUGAACAUAAUAGAGGCGGGUCUUACAGCUGGUGUUGGUAGCAGUAACUGUAUGGGUGGUCAGUUUUAUUAACCUUCAUUGAAAUUACCCCUUGGUGUGUUCCUCACUUCAAAUAAAUGUUUUCAUAGGCUCGAAGUGUGGACAGAACGUCAUGUUUACGGAAGCUGUGAUCUCUCAGAUAAUGCCUGUGGAAUAAAUUGCCAAAACAUAUCAGUUUUGCUGCAUUGUUUCAGCAUCGAGGAGACUUAUGUCAACAAAACAGACAGGUGUCGUUUGUCACUCGGGCAGGAUUAUUGGAAAAUUAGUUGAAUCACUUAGGUAACGAGAUUGUUAAUGUGAUACUAAUGAGACUGUGACAUGAGGGCACUGGUGGUUUCGGAAAGUGCAAAUCCCCAUUUUCUGCGGCGUGAAUAAGGGUGGAACGUUAUCUCAUUCAGGCCUUGACUAGGUGUGCGAUCUCUUCUCUAAAACCAGCCUGUGGAACAAAUGGUCAUGACAUGUGACUAAUACUGUGAGGUGACAUAUCAACAAAACAGCACUCAAGGAGACAUGUAGAACAAUUAUUGCUAUGAGACAGGUGUGUGUGAUAACAAGCCAUGGAACUAUCUUGUUAUUUUCCAAGGACUACGUCACCAGUGGAUGGUGUGAAAUAUGGAACAUUGGAACAUAGAUUUGACACCAUAAUGCAGAUUUAUUAAGUACACAUAAUAACUGUUAUCAAGGAUUCAUAUGAUUUAUCCACUGGAUUUAUUGUAGGCUUUUAUUUGAAGAGAGCGUCCCACAAGAGAUUAGCUCUAUCUGUGAGGUCUGAAACAGGGAAAUGUAUACUAAGGUAUCACAAGACAGCGAAAACAGAAGACUAGAAAAUAUGUUCAGUGGUAUUGUGUGAAUAGAAUUGACAUCUCAAAAUGAUGCAGCGUCACACAAAGUUGCAGGAGCUAUGCCGCUCAGCGUCAUGGAAGAUACGAAAGAACUCUCUCUCUAUCUUGUCAUUGCCUCGGAGCGGAAGCUCGACAGAGAUUUCCUGUCAGGAAGCAGCCCCGCCUUCCAAGCCUCGUUCUGCAUGGAAUUUUGAUGAUGACACAGAUUCUACAGCCUCAUCAGAAACUGUGACGACCGGCUCCGACGACCCAUCAACAUCACGGACACCACAGUUGUACUACACAACACCUCCACGAGCAAACAUGGUGAAGGGCGCUGAUCAUGAGCGAAGAUUGGAAAGUUCGGGAAGUUUUUACAAAUUAGCCCGCCGUCUAAGUCAAAGGGAUCGGAAGGACCCAGACUCACAUUCCCGACAGCGUUCAGUCAGCCUUGACUGUGGUGAUGGACGAACUAUAAAGAUAUUCACAGCAGAUGACCUAAGCAUGGAUGGCAUGCCGGCUUUAACAGCCUCACCCAGUGCCCCAGCCUUCCUCAGUAAGGGUGGGGCACCGAGCCCCUCCCCCAAUCGGCAACCAAGGUCACUAGUUGUGACGCCAAGAAAGAAGGGGUCCAGCUGUGACCUUGAGAGUUUAUCUCCUGCCAAGAUGGAACGACGGCGCAGUGAAAAGGAUAGACGGUCAUGUUAUGACAUCCAUGGACUGUUUGAUGCUGUGGAACAGCAGGACAUUGAUGUUGUCAGGACUAUAUUGGACACCGGAGGAGUUGAGCUUAACAGUGUCAACAGUGAGGGUUUGACCCCCCUGGACGUGGCCGUCAUGACCAACAACAUCCCCAUGGCUAAAAUGCUCCUCUUCCACGGCGCGAGGGAGAGUCCUAUAUUUCAACAAGGUGACUGUCGCUUGGACAAGCUUGAGGCUCUCAUAGCUGAGGCUGAGAAGAAAGUUGUCGACUUCACUGCUGCUGUUCUCAACAGUUCAUCGGGAAAUGCAAACAUCUCGCCAGCUCAGCAGAAGGAAAAUGAGACUCAACUAAGUCACUGGGAGUUCCGCUAUCGACUUUUGAAGAGAAUGCGCGCAGGGUACGACCAUGCAAGGCCUCCAGAUGCUCCCACCAAUGUUCGUCUCAGUGUCGCCAGCAGUUCCUCGCUACUAGUCAACUUUGGGGAGCCACUGAACCACAAUGGAGCUGUAGUCACCAAGUACAGAGUGGAGUGGAGCAACUCAGAGAACUUCACCACUGUAACAGGGGAGGUAACUGUGGAAGAUGUACGUCAGCUUGAGUUUGAGAUUCAGGGUCUUGUGAAGGGAAGUCAGUACUACGUCCGUGUGUCAGCGUGCAAUAUGAAGGGUUGUGGGACAUCUACCCUCAGCAAUCCACCUUGUGCUGUCCCAUCAAACUGGCGUGAUGUGGAUGGUGUUAGUCCCCGGGUAGACGGCAAAGUGCAAUCUCUACAAAUCCUUUUCCAUCAAGUCAAACAGUCACGACCGUCUGAUGCCUCAGAGCUUAAAGAUUCACGUCACCGGUCAACUGAUUCCCCUCAACAGCGGAAACGAAUUAGCAUCAAGAACCUCUUCAUAUCUGCACCAAAGUUCCAGAAAAGUCUCAAGAGAGGGGUGUACAUGGCCUGUCUCCUGUACAACGAGGACAGAGUGCUGGUCACGUCCGAGGAACAGCUGCCCAUCAUAGAGGUAGACGAGAACUUCUCAGGCACAUCUAUACAGUCUGACCUCUACUGGAUGAUGAAGAUUGCAUGUACAUGGGAUGAUGUGAAAUCUCUGCGUCAUGACAUGGACAAGAGUAACAGUGCAGGGACGGUUCACUUCCGCAGCAAGUUACUACAGGCCGCUUCCACAUUGCAGUCUUCCUUGGGUAUCCAUGAUCUGGGUCAGUUCUACCACAAACCUCUGAAGGAUCCGAAUGGCAGCAUUGUUCUCAUCACCAUCAACCAUAUUCGUGAGACCAAGUUUGUCGCCCUUGGAUCUGGCAAAUGGGUGUCUCUAGGCAAGCUGACUCGAAGACAGUCAUUGGCUGGCAUCGACAUGAAUGAUGCUAACAGUUUACUCCUGAGUACAGUACCGGACAUGAUCCUAUACCACCAGGUGAGCAGCAUCCCCCUCCCACGUGGCUUGUACCUGGGAUACCUCAAGAUCCACGUCUCUGUGGAGAAGCUGCAGGUGCUUGUCCAGCACAAGAUGCCCAACGUCCUGCCACAUGUCAAGGUCAGGGACUGCCCGAAUGUAUCCAGAGAGGAAUGGGAGUAUCUGCAGAGCCUGGGUUCCGAUGAAUCUGUGAUGAAGCCGAGCUCCACCCAGCAAGAGUUCCGCACCAGCAUCAGCAAGGCGUCACGCAGGCUUCUCUCCAUGCUUGGUAUCUCUCCCGAUGUGGACCAUCGUGUUUAUGACUUUGAGGUGAUUGAGCUGUCGCCUCAGGUGUCCUUCAUCCUAGUUCUGCCCCCUGUUGAGGAAGUGUGCAUCGUGCCAGGUCAAACUGAUGACCUCACAGACAAGAAGGACCUCUCUUUCCUUCCUGUGCAGGUGUUUGAGAUGAUCAACUACUACACAUACCAUCCUGAGUUCAUCUCGCGCUACUCACGCUUGUCAUCCAUCAUUGAGAUGGAUGUCAACCUAGCACAGCAGGCUCAUCGAGAGGCAUUCUCCAGUGAUGAGCUGAGCACUGCUCGAGUUCGAGUGGAAAUCAUGGUGCAGCUACAGCAGACGCUGGAGAAGAUCUGGAAGAGUGUACGUUGGGUGAUGGACAUAAUCACUUAUGCACGGGACAAAACGACCCGUGGUGGCAUCCCUCUAGGAGCCAUCUCCCAGUACUGUGACGACAACGAUACUCCAGAACCAGAACGGCGAUCUCGGAUCCCGGACAAUAACAAUUCCUCAUCAGCCUUCUCCUGUGAUUCCAAUGAGAUCAGUGUUGGCAAGGACAAUCGUAAGAUUGCCAAGUUCUAUGACCCAAAUGAAGAUGUUCCAGGACAGUCGAGUGAGAGUGAAGCUGGGUCAUCUAGUCAUGCUCCAUCAUCUGGUGUGCUUCGUGUGUACGCUGCAUAUGAGACAGGACUCUCUAAAGGUGUGAGUGUAAAGCUUCAUGUGACCACCAAGACAUCAGCUCGGGAUGUGAUUAAUCUAGUCGUGAGGCAACUCAACAAAGCCGUCAUUACACGUGGUAUUGAUGGACCUCUCUACACAGAGGAUCAACUAUGUGACUUCUGUUUAGUGGCUGUUAUUGGUGCAAGGGAACGUGUGCUUAGAGAUGACUAUGUCCCAUUGCAGCUUCAGAAUCCCUGGACCAAAGGUCGACUGUAUGUACGUUUACGGAAUAAUGUUCUAGCUGCAAUCCAACAGGGUCAUGCGACAGCCGUGUAAUGUGUUCCAGAGGCCCAAUGUUCUCACUGGAUCUGUUCAGUGUUCAAAUGUUGUGUGUAUACACACAUAGGAUGAGUGUGGGUGCAGGUCACAUUGACCUGGUGUGUACACCCCCUGGUGUGAUCUCAGUGCUCCUUCAUUAAGUGCUACAUGAACAAUGUUGCAUUCUGCACAAUUUGUAUAUAGUCAGUUCUGAAUGUGUUAUGUGACAUAAGACAUGUGUGCAGAGGUGGACAGAUACCAAUUAAAAUAUUUUUAGAAAAUCCAUUUUGUAUUUCUGAAUCAAAAUUUACCUGAAAUGAACGAAACGUUUUACAAUCUGUAUGGUUCUUGGCUUUAUUUCAGUGAUUGCUGCACACGGUAUUCACUCUCCAUGACAAUUUCAUAAAUAGUUAUGAAGUCAAGUAUUGUUCUUUUGUGUUGGCAUAAUUCUGGUCAUGAAUGUUUCUGCUAGAAUACUCAGAGAUAUCAACAGCAUUUAGUAUGCAACUACUGUUAUGUAACGACAAUCAAGCAUGUGGAUGUUUUUCAUCUGAACAAACUGACAUUUUGUGGACAGAAAUGUGCACUUGCAUUGUAUAUAUCUAGAUGUAUUUGUAUAUAUGUUACCACAGAGUGUAGAAAGUCUAAACUAUUUAUACCAAACAAAGAAGAAUGUGAUACAGUGUUUCAUAGCUCAGUGUAAGUGUUUGUAUGUUCUACAAGAAGUGUUUUAAUCAAUACUUUUCUGAAGAGUUAUCUUAACCUUAAGGUUUUGCAUUUUAAAUUUAUGCAAAAACAUUUUGUGUUAAAUAUUGCAAAUUAUGCAAGGUUGUUAAGUUAUUUUAAAAGCUUUUGAAUAUUGUUUUAGGUAUUUAUUUUAACAUUAAGCCAUUCCAGUUAGUCUAGAGUCUACUAGUGAGUAGUUCUGUUAGAUUCACCUGCAAGAAGUGUGUUCAUAUGAGAUGCUCCAAUUUCAAUAGAGCCCAAAAUAUUCCACAGUUAUCUCACAGAACAUCAUUUUUCUCAUUUUGAUAAUUUUACUUAUUGUUCUGUUUUUGGAUUUAAUGAUUUAAAAAAAGAAUAUGUCUCUUAAGUUUGCUUAUUGUUAUACUGGUGGUAUAAAAGUUAAGAGCCAAAAGCCAAAAGUUAUGAACAAAGUUUUGUUUGGAUUUUCUGCAAUGUAGGAAGAAAGAAAAGUGACCCGGUUUGUCAUACUCCUAUGCGAGUAGUCUCCCCUGUGAGAGUGGUCUCCCCUGUGAGCCUGUAUAUUGCCUGCACAACAUGAUGUAUUUAUUGUUGUAGACUGACGUCUUUCAUAUGUCUGUGAUCAUCAUGAUCAGUGUAAUCUGGUCUUCAUUCAUAUUGAUUAUCAUCAAUAAAAAAACAUGAGUCAUAAA